AUGACUACUGAGCCCUCUGUACCAACAGCCCGAGCGGUGAUAACGAUCUUUCAUGUCCUCGCAAUCCUUACUACGUCAUGGCGACUCGUCCAACGUACCAGGACUCAGCGUCUGGGAUGGGACGAUGCAUUCGCAGCCCUAUGUCUUCCUUUGACCUUGAUUAUUCUUGCCGCCGUCUGGACACGAACAGAUACCCCCGCCAUAGGACCUUUCCACCAGUCGGUGCACACUCGCGUUAUAGCCUACUGGUUCGCAUCGAUCUGCUUUACCUUGACGCUUUGGUCCGCGAGAUUGAGCAUGCUCACGGCUCUCAUUCGUAUCAUUCCAGUCCAGUUCAAGCUACACCAACUCGCCAAAUACUGCGCCUGGCUCUUCGUUGCGUUCGCGAUUGCGUUAUUAGGACAGAAGAUUCCGCGAUGCGUGACCACCGCGCCGGAAUGGACAGUUCUUGCUAACCCCCAGUGUCAUUUGGGCAUGGAUGUAGGCAUACUCGAGCUAUGCACGGACUUCGUCGGCGAUUCUAUCCUUAUUGCCAUUCCAUUGCACCUACUUUGGGGCCUGUCUGUUUCGCGUGCUAGAUACCGGCUGCUGAUGGCCAUAUUCUGCGCGAGCGUGUUCACGACCGUAGUGAGCAUUGUCCACGGUGUGUUUGUAUUAGGCCCGACCGGCCUGCUAGAAGCCACCACAGCGAACGUUGAGGCUGCGAUUUCCGUCAUCGUGUGUAACCUCGCAUUGAUCGCCACGGCCAUCUAUCGAUUCAUCGGCCUCAACAAAGCAGAAGACGAACUCUUCCUCACCGGACAGUAUAUCCCCCGUAACAGCUCCGACGAGGUCACCUCGCAGCAUACCAAUAGCAGCAUCCACCGUGACCGCUGGAACACCAACGCCCGUCCAGUUCGAGCCGGCCUCGGUUCCGGGAUACAGUUCUGGAGACACGACAGGAGCCAGGAUGAAGGCGUACAGACCAUCGACGGCACUCGCUCGGGAUGGGGCGGAGGGGUCCGUCCGGGGAGGGUAGUGAAUGAUUGGGGGUCGAGGCACGGCACGGCGCUGGCGGUGACGGUGGAUAUGGAGGUGGACACGGAUAGGCGUGAUACGGUGGUCCUGGGGCCGGUUCGAUCGAGUCGAGCGGAAGCUGAGUGCGACGACGGAGAUAGUCAUGGUUAUAGUGGGAAGGGCAGUAGGCAUUCGGAUGCGAAGGAGGGGCGCAUCGAGGAUGAGUCGGACGCGGGGUGGAGUCCUGAUACAGCGUUUGCAGGUUCUGGGCUGGAGAAAGAUGGUGGUGCACCUCGGUCACCGGUGGCGUAG